UGAGGCAAAUUAAUGCCUGCGGAAUAUGCACACACAGUUAUCGGAUAGCCACCGAGAUUUAGUCCUUUUUCUACCAUUUCCAGACGUUUGUUUAUUUGUGCAGCGCCGUACCGGCAUAUGGCUUUAGACAUCAUCUGAACGAAGCGAAAUCUGAAGUUUUUUUGGAAUGGAGGAAUGCGAAAAUGACCCGAGAACUCGGACGUUGGACGUGACACUGCAGGGCGGCGCGCCCUGGGGCUUUUCCGUGAAAGGCGGGUCGGAGCACCGGUGUCCGCUCACCAUCGCCCGGAUUGAGCCCGGAGGUAAGGCCAGCCAAUCAGGAGCCUUGCAGGUUGAUGACAUCAUCCUGAGCAUCAACAGCGUGGAGUGUGAGGCCCACACCGAGGCAAUCCAAUUGGUCAAGGGCUCCCCGGACACACUGCAGCUCAUCAUCCAAAGGUUUGUCGGACCGUCGGUCCAUUUGUCUGGUUGUUAGUUUGU